CCCACAGCAGGGUCAGAAAGGAGGUGGUCACCCUUAGUCGUGGCCUCAGACGGUUUCUGAACGUUGGUGUCUGGCAACGCCACCCCCUCUUGCUUUGGUUCCGCAAUGCCUAUGUACCAGUAUACUGUUCUGUCGCAUGACUCUGCACCAUAUACUUAUCCAUUCUACUUGCUCGGGGACGCUGGAUUGUUUGCCAUUUUAACCUGCUAUGAAUGAUUCUGCAGUUUCUACUCUUACACAGAGGAGCAGGCAUGGGGAAGAGCCUAACCCGUCUCUGCAAGCUCUUGAGUCCCGCCAAGAUGAUAUUUUAAAACGUUUGUAUGAGUUGAAAGCUGCAGUUGAUGGUCUCUCCAAGAUGAUUCAGACACCAGAUGCAGACUUGGAUGUAACCAACAUAAUCCAAGCUGAUGAGCCCACAACUUUAACCACCAAUGCAUUGGACUUGAAUUCAGUGCUUGGGAAGGAUUAUGGGGCACUGAAAGACAUUGUGAUCAACGCGAACCCAGCCUCUCCUCCCCUCUCCCUGCUGGUGCUGCACAGGCUGCUCUGUGAGCACUUCAGGGUCCUGGCCACAGUGCACAUGCACUCAUCCGUCAAGAGUGUGCCUGAAAACCUGCUCAAGUGCUUUGGAGAACAGAAUCUAAAACAGCCCCGCCAAGACUAUCAGCUGGGAUUCACUUUAAUUUGGAAGAAUGUGCCGAAGACUCAGAUGAAAUUCAGCGUCCAGACGAUGUGCCCCAUCGAAGGAGAAGGGAACAUUGCACGUUUCUUGUUCUCUCUGUUUGGCCAGAAGCAUAAUGCUGUCAAUGCAACUCUUAUAGAUAGCUGGGUAGAUAUUGCCAUUUUUCAGUUAAAAGAGGGAAGCAGUAAAGAAAAAGCUGCUGUUUUCCGCUCCAUGAACUCUGCUCUUGGGAAGAGCCCUUGGCUCGCUGGGAAUGAACUCACCGUAGCAGAUGUGGUGCUGUGGUCUGUACUCCAGCAGACCGGAGGCUGCAGUGUGACAGUGCCAGCCAACGUGCAGAGGUGGAUGAGAUCUUGUGAAAACCUGGCUCCUUUUAACACAGCCCUCAAGCUCCUUAAGUGAAUUUCCAUAACUGAUUUUAAAGGGUUUAGAUCUUAAGAAUGGUGCUGUUUCAUGCCUAUUACCAGUUAAGGGACUUGUAUUAAAAUUCAAGAUCUUUUUAUUUAGGCCAGUUGUAAGUGUCAAUAAAAGCAUCAUGUAAUUU